AUGUUAAUGGACUUUCAAUUUCAGAAUCGUGGCGGCAGGGGCCAGACGACGGCGUCUACUGGUUUCUCUUCCCUCCUUCCCUACUUUGAAACACAAGCUCGCCUACUUGCGCCCGAUGGUUGGGAACAAGUCACGUUAGAGCCAAAUAUGAAGACAGCGCUACGGCUAUCUUCCUUCACGCGCCUUCUUCACACAAGUUCUCCCCCACGCGCCACCGCGUUCAACAGAAUCCUCGCCUCCCUGGCCAGGGCGAAGCGCUUCCCGGCCGCGAUUUCCCUCUGCGCCCAAACGGAGUCCCGCAGGAGCUUCAUCCCCUGCCACGUCACCCUCACCAUUCUCAUCAACUGCUUAUGCCAAGUUGGCAAAGUCGCUCUCGCCUUCUCCGUCUUCGGGAAACUCCUCAAGCGCGGCCUUCCCUACGACGUCGUCACUCUCAACACCUUAAUCAAAGGCCUCUGCCUCGACGGUGUCGUUUCGUCGGCGCUCGAAUUUCACGACGAAAUGGUUGCGGAGGGGUUCGAGUUCACCGAAAUUACCUACGGAACGUUAAUUAAGGGACUCUGCGAUAUAGGGAAAACAGAAGCCGCUGUUAGAUUGUUGAGAAUGAUGCAAGAUUGUGUUGUUAAUGUUAAACCUAAUGUUUUUAUCUAUAGUAGAAUUAUCGAGGCUUUGUGUAAGGAAGGACGUCUGAAUGAGGCGUGUGAGUGGUUUUAUGAAAUGAUUCGUAACAAUGUUGAGCCUAAUGUGUUCACUUACAGGCCUCUUGUGAGAGCGUUGUGUGUCGCCGGCCGUUUAGACGAGGCCGUUAGGAUGGUGGAGGGGAUGAUUUGUAACGGUCUGUACAUUGAUGUUUAUGUGUUUAGUGUUUUGAUUGAUGCGCUGUGUAAGAAUGGGAUGAUGGUGGAAGCACGGGAGGUGUUUGACGAAAUGAUUAAGCGGGGUUGUGAGGUUAAUGUUGUUACAUGCUCGGCCUUAAUGGCGGGGUAUUGUUUGAAGAACGAAGUGGAUGAGGCGAGGAGGUUGUUUGACGCGGUUGUGCGAUGGCCGGAUGUUUGGAGUUAUAAUGUUUUGAUUAAUGGGUAUUGCAAGGUUAGGAGAUUGGAUGAUGCAAUGAAGUUGUUUGAUGAAAUGUGUGUGAAGGGCGUGGUUCCAAAUCUUGUGACUUAUAAUUUGUUGGUUGAUGCUUUUUGUAAAUGUGGGAUGGUGGUGUUUGCGUGGAAGGUUGUUAAGGCAAUGUGUGAGAGUGGUGUGGCGCCAGAUGUUGUUUCUUACAGUAUCUUGUUGGAUGGUUUGUGCAAGAUACAACGUCUUGAUCUGGCAAUUGCGAUGUUUAACCAGAUGUUGAAGAGGGGUGUGGCACUUGAUGUUUGGAGUUAUAGUAUAUUGAUUGAUGGCUGUUGCAAGAAUAAUAGGAUAGGUGAGGCCAUGAAUUUCUUGAAAGAAAUGUAUUUAAGGAAUUUGGUUCCUCAUAUUGUGACUUUCACUUCUCUUAUUGAUGGGUUGUGCAAAUCUGGGAGAUUGUUGUCUGCGUGGAGGCUUCUGAAUGAGUUGCAGGAUAAUGGUCCACCCCCUGAUAUUAUUGCUUACAGUACAUUGUUGAUCGCUUUAUGCAAAAGUGAACAUCUUGACCAAGCAAUUUUAUUGUUUAACCAAAUGAUUAGGAAGGGUUUGGCACCUGAUGUUUGGAGUUAUACUAUCUUGAUUAAUGGACUAUGCAAGAGUGAAAGGAUAGAUGAAGCCAUUAAUCUCUUAAAAGAAAUGCAUCUAAAAAAUUUGGUUCCUGAUACCAUAACUUACAUUUGUCUUGUUGAUGGCUUGUGCAGAUCUGGGAGAAUCUCCUAUGUGUGGAAGCUUCUUCAUGAGAUACAUGGCAAUGCUCCACCACCUGAUGUGGUCAAUUACAUUGAUGCUCUUUGCACAUAUAUGCAUCUUCGUAGCUUUAAUACCUGA